AUGGCGGUGCAACAUGGCGUCUUCCAUGUGACGUCCUUCAGCACACCUCCGACCCCCGAGAGGAACCGCCCCUCCUUCUUCUCUCCGUCGCUGAGGCGGAAAGUUCCCCGAAACCGAAACGCAGAGAUGAAGAAGUCUCACUCGGCCAACGACAGCGAGGAGUUCUUCAGGGAGGAAGACGACGAAGAUCUUCACACCACCACCAACCUCCGCUCCCGCUCUCUGUCGGGGACCGGACGCUCGCUGGUCGGCUCCUGGCUCAAACUCAACCGGACGGAUGACUACUUCCUGCUCUACUCACACCUGACCUACGUCACGCUGCCGCUGCACCGCAUCACCACAGAUAUCCUGGAGGUCCGGCAGAAGCCCAUCCUGAUGACAUAGCAGAGCUGGACUCAGAGCGUCACUACCAAGUGCCUCCUGCAUCAGGCCACUGAGACCACAGCAGCGCCGCCCGGUGGCCAGAGCGACCACCGAACACCUGAAGACGAGUCGGAGGAGACGACCCGAACGCAGAGAGACUCUGUCAGAGGGGACGACAAACCAACCAGCCAUCCGAGAAGUGCCUCUUCUUCUUCUUCUUCUUUUCAGUCCCCUGCUGGGUCCAAGAGGUCGUCUCCACAGAAACGGGGAUCACAUGAUGUUUAAAGUAUUGUAAAAAAAAACAAAACAAAAAAAGGCUUUGGCUCUGACCCGGAAGGUGAGGGAGGUGGAGAACGUGCGUGUUCCUGUAAAUAUCCUGCUGCUUUACUCACUGAGACGCCUUGACCGAAGGUUCUGCUUUCGACACGUACGAACCGCGUGGAGUUAUUCUUUUUGUAAAAUAUUUACACUCAAGACGGCGUGAGGCGUUUUUUUUUUUUUGUAUGAGAGGAAACGGUAAAUGUGCACAGCUUCCCUCCUAUAACCAGGCGAAGCGGGGGUCGCACCCCCUCCCCGUGUUUAUUCAGACACGUUCACAACAGGAAAUGGAUUACUAGUCGCUCAGUUAACACAUUUAUUGACUCGUAAGUAUCUGAAAGUCACCAGUGUUCAUCACAACUUUGACUUCAUGCUGAUUAUUCUGUCAGUGCUCCAAUACCAACAGUAAGAAGCACACGAGAACCUGUAACCAGCACUUAUUUGGUACUUUUUACUGUUUUUCUGUGAUGAUCAGCAGAUUCAUUUUCUUUUGCUCAGCUACCUGAAAAAUAAUCCAGUUCACAGCAACAAGUAGAAUAUGACAACUACUUAAACAAGAACAACAUGUAUCUGGUAAAACUUUUAUUAAAAUAUAUAUUAAAAAAUAUAUAAAAAUGACUUAAAUCAAAAUAAUUCAAAAUAAAAUCAUAAUUUUACAAGAAAUAAAAGAACCACUUUAUUCUCAUGUUGUGAAAGUAAAAUCACAGUUUUGGGUUUUUCCCUUUAAAUAUUCCAACUCACUCGCUUCAACGUUUCUGUGGCUCUUCUGAUCAGUCGGUCCCAGCUGGGUGCUUUUAUGAGUGUAAGCCCCGCCCCUUCAGGUGGACCGCCACAGGACCUUAUUUAGGAAAAAAUAUGUUCAGUAGUCAACAGCGAGAGACAACUAAUGUUUUGAUCCCGUUUGAAUUGUGUCACACACGAUGUUUGUCAGUUUAAAAGAUAAUUUAAAGUCAAGAAAGUCGCAGUUUGUCAUAAAACGGUUGAAGUAUAAGACUAACGAGACAGAAGCUAAAAUCACCGAUGCUAAUGUUACUGAUGCUAACGUACUGAAGCUAAUGUUACUGAUGCUAAAAUCACUGAUGCUAAUGUUACUGAUGCUACAAUCACUGAUGCUAACGUACUGAAGCUAACGUGACAGAAGCUAAUGUUACUGAUGCUAAAAUCACUGAUGCUAAUGUGACUGAUGCUAACGUACUGAAGCUAAAAUGACAGAAGCUAAUGUUACUGAUACUAAAAUUGCUGAUGCUAAUGUACUGAGGCUAACAUGACAGAAGCUAAUGUUACUGAUGCUACAAUCACCGAUGCUAAUGUUACUGAAACUAAUGUUACAGAAGCUAACUUCACUGAAGCUAAUACGAAGCUAAUGUUACUGAUCAUUAGCUUCACUGACAAUAAAUCACCGACAAAUCCCUGACAGUAACAUCACUGAAGCUAAUGUGACUGAAGCUAAUGUUACUGAAACUGUUACUGAUGCUAAAAUCACUGAUGCUGACAUUACUAUAGCUAAAGUCACUGUAGCUAACAUUACUAAAGCUAACGCUAAAGAGCUUCCAUGUGUAGAUGACGUGAUGAAGAACCAGGAGUCGUUGGAAUAAACACAUCAAGUGAGAAAAAUCUGUGCGUAGAACGCAGCUAACUUACCUAGCUAGUACGUUAGCUUACAAUGCAUAUUGCACGAGACGAGAGAUGUAGUUCAUCAAGCGGUUUCAAAACUAAUUAAUCUUUUCCGUUUUACAACAAACUAAGACUUUCUUAUAUUUAAAUUAUCUUUUAAACUGACAAACAUCACGUGUGAAGUUCAGGACACAAUUCAAACAGGAUAAAAGCAUUAGCCGCUUCUCGUCGUUGACUACCGUACAUGUUUUCCAAAAUAAACUCUAUGGGGCGGGAAGAAGCGAAGAGAUUUACAAAAGGGAAAAAUAAGAAAAUAGUCAUGUAAAAGUUAGUUUUAAGAAUGUAUCAUAAACUGAGGAUCUGAUUAAAGUAGUUAAUGUUUGAAUCUUCAGGCAGGUCACGUUUGUACAGCGACUCCGCCGUGGGGCUAAUUCUGAUCACAUUUAGACCCAUAAAGACUCAGUACUGAUAAAAUACACAGACUUGGUUUGGUUAUUAAAAAAAACUGACAAACCCGAAUGAAGUUCUUAUUUUUAAUUUAGUUUCUUAUUUUUUAGUUUGUCUGCUUCAGAUUCCUUUGAUGGACGCAACGCCCUCACAACCUCUUGAUAAAUCAACUGCUCAAUGCUGAUUCGUUGAUUUCUCACCUUUAAGUUAAGACACACACAAAAAAAUAAGAAAAUUCACAGUAACCCAGCUUUGACUUUUUACUGGCUUUAGUUUAAAAACUGCGACUCACAAACUGGAAGUGACUUGAAAAACUACCGAAGAGAAGGCGAUUUUAAAGGGAAGCCGCCUGGAUCCACGUGUGGACAGAAGAGACGAACGUGGUUUGUUUUCCGUUUGAUGUCGACGUUUUCCUCAGUGUGCUCCUAAAGCCUUAAAUCUGACUGUGUGCUACUUUGGUGUUUCUUCUUUCACCUGUUGUUCAUUGAAAUGACCAGCUGAGGCUCCAAAGACCAGAUAUUAUUCAUGUGUUCAUCAGUUAACACCAGAGAGACACCAGAAUCCUUCCACAUGAUGAUUCUUCUGAUGAUAAAUGUCUUUUAAAAAAAAUAAUGCAAUGGCGAAACGGUUUGUUGUAAAUAUAAUCCAAAUCUGUUCGUAUUAAGAAACAAAUUUCACUCAAAGAUGCAAAGGACACUAACAGGAUGUUUUGUUUUUUUUUAUUGUGAAAACCUCAAGACUUUGCUCAGAUUAUUUAAUAUAUAUCAUUUUAGAAGAAUAAAGCGAUUCGUAUAUUAAUUUACAAGGAAAACAUUAAUAAAAUAAUUAGUAAAAGCACUUAUGAGAGCAGAUAAUGUGAAUUUUACCUGCAUAAUGAGUUUUUCUUUUAAAAUCCCCCCUUUUUUCUUAAAAUAUUACUAUUUUCUCACAGAAGUCACCAUGGAAUCUGUAAAUCUUUUUGACUGACUUUAACAAAAUUUCGAGCUCCCCGAAAUAACGAGCAAUGAGCAUUUUCACUGUUUUUAAAUAUUUUGGAUCUAGAAAGUAAAAACAUUGUAACCCUAAUGUUUCUAUCUGAUAUUUAAUUAUUAGGGCUGUAUGUUUAUGUUCCCAACUCGUCACACAUAGACGCUUGGUCAAGACCCCUUGGCAUCGCUUUUGCAUGUGUAGGGUGUUUUAGGCACCAAAACCCACUUGGCGGGGUUCAGGCAAAGAUCAUAGUCUGGUUACUUACGUGAUCUUACUAUCGACUUUUUGUUUCACAUGCAAAACGAACACCGGUCUCCUGGUUGAAAGUCCAGUUUUCGAUCCACCUCCUGACUCGGAUUGUUUAUAUACUACGCCUACUUAAGCACUUAACUAUGAUGCUACUGAGGGGAUCCCCAGUGUGUUACAAACUGACGCCAGGGGGUCUCGACCGUGCGUCCGUAUGUGGCGACUCAGGAGUCAGAACGGGUUUAAACUCGGCUCUGUUUUACGGUCGUCCUUCAAAGAUUCAGUCAAAUCAGAUAAACGGUAAUAUUGCACGAAUAUGAAAAUACUCCUAAAACUUUCUCCUGGGAACGUUCGUUUAUAUUUUUAUCCCCCGCAAGGCAACAUGAAAACACAUUUUUAAAUUUAUGGAAACUGAACGAUUUGUUUGUUGUAGCUAGUAAGUUUAUGAAUUAUCGAUAACCUCUUAUUCUGAAUUCAUACAAAGUGCCCUGAAGUAGUGAAAAUGCACAUCACAAGUCUGAAAUAUGAGUUCCAGAAAUAAAGUCGAUAUUUAAUUAUUCAAAUGAAGUUAAUUUCAGACGGUCGCUGAUUGUGUUAGAUUUUGGUGUCUCGUGUUUUCAUGAGUUAACGGUGACACGAGUUGGAGUCAGUCAGCUGUUGUUAUUGAUCACUUCCUGUCAGUGAUUGAUUUGCACUCAGAUCGGCCCACGGUGUUUUUCUGUGUCGUGUUUAACAGUGAACUUAUUCCACAGGGCACUCUCUCUCUCUCUCUGUGUGUGUUAAUGCUGACGUAGUUUAGUUUCUCCAGCUGAAUGUAUCCACGCUGAUCAAUAGCAAAGACGGCUUUAACAGAGGAACGUUUGAUGAGACUGUUUGCACUGUAAAACGCUUUUUGAAACUUGUUUGUUAAAGACUUUUUGUUGACGUGUUCUCACAGCUCUCAUCGCGGCUUUUGUACACCGACAGUUAAUGUGCACGUUGUCGUCACACUUCUGUUGCUUUCUUUCCAAACUGUGUUUAUUUAUUGAAAUACACAUUACCAGAAAAACCUGA